AUGCAUGGAACUGGCAGCAGCGCACGGACGGCCCUGAGGAUUUGCCGCGGCGCUCUCUAUACGUCACUCGUCUUAUCAUUAUCCCCCGACCAUCCUCGCAUUAACAGUCCCGACGUUCAACGACACCUCUUGUCCACCGCGACCGUUGCGCGUCGGUGCGCGACCAUGUCCUCCUCCUCCCCCGCCGCCGCCGCCGCCGCCGAGUCUAAGCUGUUCCCACGGUCGGAAGCUAGGAGCCACAAUGUCGCCAACCGAUGGACAACCCGCCUAAUCCCUGUUUUCCUGCUCGCGGUUAUCGGCUUCGCGUGCUGGGCCCUCACCAAGCCUAUUUGCAUUGACUUCUUUAUCGCUCGAAACCAGCAGGGCAGCGCGGUCGCCCUCCUUGUCCUUCACUACAUCUUCCUAAUAUUAAUGCUCGUAUGCUACGCCCGUACGCUAUACACGGUUACAUACAACCCUGGCGUCGUCCCCCUCCAGCCGAAGCUCGGCCUCGAGUCCUUCUACACCCGCGACUUCUACACCUGCCGGAGCGACGGCCUGCCAAUAUGGUGCUCCGACUGCCAGAACUGGAAACCUGACCGCGCCCACCACUCUGGCGACAUCCAGCGCUGCGUAAAAAAGAUGGACCACUACUGUCCCUGGGCCGGGGGGAUGAUCGGCGAGACAGCAUUCAAAUUCUUCAUCCAGUUUGUCACAUACACUGCUUGCUACUGUAUAAUUUGCUUAUCUGCCGGCGCAUAUGUCACCCGCACGCUCGCGAAUGAGGGCAGCGAUGUUUCUGUUCCAGCGAUUAUCCUCAUAGCCUUUUCGGCCUUCUUCGGCUUGUUCUCUUUCACCAUGGCUGCCAUGUCACACGGCUUUGCCCUGAGCAACUUAACAAACAUCGAAAACCUGAGCCGGACGACCAAGGUUCACCAGCUCGCCAUCCGGAUCCCGCUCAAUCAGACGCCAAGUUCGGACAAUAGCGCCACUCCGAAUGAAUAUGAAACUAUAACGUUCCCCUUGGCGAACCCAAACUUCGACGGGAAUCAAUACAUAUACGAGGCCCAGAACGGAGCCAACGGAGCCGGCCAGCGUGCCCCGGAGCACAAGUUUGCGAUAGUGAAGACCGAGGUGGGCGAGAAUCCGUGGGAUAUGGGGAGCUACUACCAGAACUGGAAGUCUGUGAUGGGCGACAAAGGCCUAUUCGACUGGCUGCUGCCACUUCGUCUCUCCCCUUGUUGCCAUUACGAUGGCCAGUACCCCAUGGGACCGGUCGUUGAUAGGCUCCGUGAGAAGUUAAAGAAAUGAUACCACUCGAACACCCAGACAUUUCCUUGUGCUUUCCCCAAUGAGCCAUUCGAUUUGCUCCCCCAAGCAAGACGCCCUUUUAACAUCAUUUCGGCAUUCAUGUGACAUUCGCUGCUCGUAGAUAUGGAGUUCAUCUUCGUUUGUGUGUCUGUGCUCAUGGGAUUAAGUAUGGGGGAUGUUGUCUACAUUGGGCUUGUACGAACGAAGCACUGGCAUUGGCAGCGGCUUAUCUUGGAGACCGCGUCGAAACUACUCAGCGGAUCUGGCAUCGGCAGAAGCUCGUCACAGCCAGAAACAUCAUGAGAAGCACAAUGCAGAACUUCUGUGGUGCGAGGUUCCAUCCUAUCAUCUUUGUCAGCCCCAGUGGGAGACUUGACCUUGGUCUUGGGAGGGAGGAGGAAAGACGCGGGCUCUGGGCUUGAGCGACACAUUGUAUAACAGCAAGCAGGGCAAGAACAUCCCUCACCGAAACACUACUUUUUGUGCCUGUCCUGGUGGCCCACCUUGGCAGCGCCUUCGCAUCGAACGGCCCAUCAGCCCAGAGCCAGCGCUCCGGGUGAAGAUCGUCCAUGCCCGGCUGCCAGAAGGCGCGGCAUGUGUGGUCGGCCCAGCUGAUAGCAUCCCGCAUGGUGUCCGGGACCUUGGCGAGGCUCGAUCCGGCCACGCAGCGGGCCCUUGAUCUCGCGCAGAUCGCUGACGUGGACCAGCGGCCGCCAGAAAAAAACAUGGAAGACCGCUGGAUGACGGGGCUACAGAGCCUCUCGGACUGGGACAGGAUCAUUCCUCGGCGGGUCCCAGCGGCGCUGUGCCUCAGUGGUGAUCCCGGGCAUGUCGCCAGAGAGCCGGCGUGUCGAGUGGGGGCUGCACAGGAUGCCAUUGCACCGGCGGCGAUGGGUAGCACGAUGGUAGUGGUAGGCCAGAAGGGUCAAGGUAGGGAGUGCGAUCUCGGCAGGUGUGCCCGGGGUUGCCAUGGUGUGUGUUCAUGAUUGGGCUGGGUCUCAAAUGCUUAGGUUUGGAUACUGCCACAUUGAAGGCCGUGUUGCACUCGGUGUCCCACUGGCAGCAGGGAGACGGUCCUUUGUCCCAGGAAAGCCCCUCCGACGUACUGCUUCUUUGGGGUUGGAACAAUAUCUAGAGCAAG